AAUGCGAUGCGCUUGCCGCAAAUUUUCCACAGCCUUCACAAGCGAUUUCAAAAAAUGUUUGAAAAGACUAACGGAGGCGGCGACAGUGUCACGCCCAGCAUUCAGGAUAUCGCCGGUCGACUGGCGGAGGAGCAACUGCGUCUUCGUCAACUGGAGGCCACAACAAUGCCCAAGGAAAGAACAAUUCUCGUCUUGGGCAGCAAAUGUGUGGGAAAGACUACAGCUAUUAAUAAGUUUUUCGAUCGCGAGGAACACGCAACUCGUCCUACUCUUGCCCUGGAAUAUAGUUUCGGUCGGAGAAUCGGCAGUGGAAAGGCGCCUCAAGUAAUGAAUGUUUGGGAACUAGGAUCCCUGGACAAUGCUGAGCAACUACUGGAAGUUCCCAUGAGGACACAUGGUCUGCAGCAACUGGCCGUCUUUAUAAUGCUGGAUCUAUCACAACCACAGCGAUUUUGGUCAGAUUUGGAACGUGCCUACAAGGGAUUAAGGGAUACGGCGCAACAAAUGAUGCAGAAUAUUACACCGGAUCUCAGGGAAAUCCUGGAACAGCGAACAUUGGAAAGACUGGGUCAGCAGAAUCAGGACGAUCUGGGAAACCUCGAGCCGCUUCCGUUUCCAGUGGUAAUUGUGGGUGGGAAAUACGAUAUGUUUUCUAGUUUCGAUCCAGCUAUUAGAAAACACACCUGUCGCUGCUUGCGAUCUAUGGCACAUUUGAUUGGUGGGGCAGUCCUUUUUUAUUCCCAGAGGAUGCCGAAACUGGCCAAGGUUCUUAGAGACACCAUAAGCCACAUGGGAUUCGGAAGUCCUGCUCAUCCAUUCCGCUCUCAUGUGGUCGAUUUUAAUGAACCACUUUGCAUUUGGUUUGGAACGGAUAGUUGGUCGAAAAUAGGAGAUACUGGAGCCCAAAGUGUGGAGCGGAUUGGAGCAACAUUUGGAGGGGAAGUGCCACAGCUUCAGCUGGAGAAGCAGAAACAACAGGAAACACCCGAUCCUGCCAAGGAUCCGGGAUUUAAGGAGGCCCUUAUCGAUGAGAUGCGAUCGCAAAAGAACCAGGAACUUGCCAGUAUGAGAGAUGUCCUGCUGCGUGGAAAAUUCGAAAGUGUUCAAAAUUGAAAACACGAUGAAAUUCAAUGUUGUGUACCUCAAAGUAUUAAUUAACUACAAAAAUAAACUUAAAACUCUGCGUUCCUUUCAAAUUAAAGUAGGUCUUUUU